AGUCAGAGUACAGUGUUAUAAACUGCAACCGUCAUCAUGAAGAUUGAGGAAGUGCAGUCCACGACCAAGACGCAGCGCGUCUCCCAUCACAGUCACGUCAAGGGCCUUGGUAUCGGAGAAGAUGGCAAGGCGUUGCCUGUGGCCGCUGGUCUGGUGGGCCAGGACAAGGCCCGUGAGGCGGCAUCCAUUGUGGUCGAUCUGAUCAAGGCCAAGAAAAUGGCCGGUCGCGCCAUGCUCUUUGCCGGUCCGCCAGGCACGGGCAAGACGGCUCUUGCUCUGGCCAUUAGCGCCGAGCUCGGACCCAAGGUGCCGUUUUGCCCCAUGGUUGGUAGCGAGGUCUACUCGGCUGAAGUCAAGCCCACUGAGGUUUUGAUGGAGAACUUUCGUCGUGCCAUUGGCUUGCGCAUCAAGGAAGUGAAGGAAGUGUACGAGGGCGAGGUGACGGAGCUUACACCAGCCGAGCAGGAGAACCCCGUCGGUGGUUAUGGCAAGACAGUGACGCACGUGGUGAUUGGUCUGAAGACGACCAAGGGCACCAAGCAGCUCAAGCUGGACCCAACCAUCUACGAAAGCUUGCAGAAGGAGAAGGUUGAAGUGGGUGACGUCAUUUACAUUGAGGCCAACAGCGGCGCUGUGAAGCGUCUGGGUCGCUCAGACAACUUUGCGACCGAGUUUGACCUCGAGGCGGAGGAGUACCUGCCGUUGCCCAAGGGGGAUGUGCACAAGAAGAAGGAGAUUGUGCAAGACGUGACGCUGCACGAUCUGGAUGUGGCCAACGCGCGGCCGCAGGGCGGCCAAGACAUCGUCAGCAUGAUGGGCACGCUCAUGAAGCCCAAGAAGACAGAAAUCACGGAGAAGCUGCGCAAGGAGAUUAACAAGGUUGUCAACAAGUAUAUUGACCAAGGCACCGCCGAGCUGGUUCCUGGCGUCCUUUUUGUUGAUGAGGUGCACAUGUUGAACUUGGAGUGUUUUACCUAUCUUAACCGGGCGCUCGAGUCGACGUUGUCACCCAUUGUCAUUUUUGCCACCAAUCGUGGUCAUUGCACAAUCCGCGGCACAGACAUCCUGUCACCGCACGGCAUGCCGCUUGAUCUCUUGGAUCGCGUCAUGAUCAUCAAGCUCAUGCCCUACGGCCAGGAAGACAUGAAGCAAAUUUUGAAGAUUCGUGCUGAAGUUGAGGGUAUCACUGCUGAUGACGAGGCCCUAAACGAGCUUGCUGCCAUUGGCGUUGCCACGACACUGCGGUAUUCGGUGCAGCUGUUGACGCCCAGUUUCUUGCUCGCCCGCAUCAACGGUCGCGACGCGUUGUCCAAGGCCGAUAUUGCGGAAACCCACGUUCUCUUCAAGGAUGCCAAGGCCUCGGCACAGAUCCUGAUGGAAAAGGGAGCCAAGUUCCUUCUCUAAGUCUGUUUCAUGUCCUCAUGCUCCGUCGUGCUUCACAUGU